AACAACACUCAAGAGAAGAUCACACCCGUCCAAAGUCAGCGAUAGUCGCUUCUUCGGGAAGGAUGAAACCCCGAAGGAACACAGUAUUAAUUAUCGCUUUGAUAAUUCAUUUCCUGAUAUCUGUUGUUACUACAAAAGCCAUCAUCGCCCAGAAUGCUGAAGGAGCGCAAAACAUCCCCGGUAUAGAUAAGAAACGAUUGGGGUACGAAUAUCCUGUGCCCUACUCCGAUAUACCUAUUGGAUUGGAUCUUCAGUAUGAGGAUGCAACCGCACUUCCUUUGCUUCACAAUGAAGCAAUAAGUCAACAAGUUCAUGAUAAUUAUCACCACUUAGAUACCCACGACGAACUGCAUGAUUUAGGAUACUGGAAAAAAAAAUUGAUCUGGAAAGAAGGAUGGAAAAAAAUCUGGAAAAAGGAUCACAAGCAAAUUUGGAAGCCGGAUUGGAAAAAGAUUUGGAAACCUAUUUGGAUUCCUACUGAAAUACCGAUUUGGAAGGAUAUUCAAGUCCCGGCGUGGAAACAGAUCUGGAAACCAAUUUGGAAGGAGAUUCAGGUACCUGCUUGGAAAGAAGUUCAAGUAUCACACUGGAAAAAGAUUUGGAAACCUAUCUGGGUACCACAUAAAGUGCCAGCAUGGAAGGAAGUACAGGCGCCGGCGUGGAAACAGAUUUGGAAACCGGUUUGGAAAGAAAUACAAGUUCCUGAUUGGAAAGAGGUGCAAGUUCCUGUUUGGAAACAAUACUGGUAUCCUGACUGGAUAAAAAUUGGUAUUCCUGGCGAAAAAUUUUUAGGCAAAGAUCACGAAGGAUGGGAAUACACUAGUCAUGAUUUGUGGAAAAAGAAACUAGUGUGGAAAUCAGCCUGGAAAAAAGUUUGGAAAACAGAAAAUAAGCAAAUUUGGAGGACAGAUAAAAAACUAGAAUGGAAAUCGGCUUGGAAACAAAUUUGGCACUUGGUCAAAAAACAAAUUUGGGUAGACGAUAAGAAGCUAGCAUGGAAAGAAGCCUGGAAAGAAGAAUGGAAAACGGAAAAAAAGCAAAUUUGGAGGACAGAAAAAAAGUUGGAAUGGAAGGCUGCUUGGUUGCAAAUUUGGAAGCCUAGUAAGAAACUUAUAUGGGUACCAGACAAAAAAAUUGAAUGGAAAGAAGCUUGGAAACAAAUUUGGGUUCCCGUCGUCAAAGAAACGUGGUUGCCUUCUUGGAAGAAAAUUUGGAAACCAGUAUGGAUAUCGGAGUGGUUCCCAUCGCCAGAUCAUCAUGAUCAUCACCUCCACGAACACCACGACUGGGACCGUAAAGACGUAGACAUAAAGGCUAAUAAUGGAAAAGUAGUUUUUGAGAAAAACAUAUCCAGCAACAAUCCCAGCAAUCCAAGUACGCUCUAGAAAUCAUAAAACGAAUAAGAUCGACUAACAUAAUAAACUUAGCAACAAGCCAUUUAGAUCCAGAUAAGCAACACAUUGAGAGUGUAAUGUAUACAUUUUCUAAUUAAGGUUUUACUCAAAGUUCGUAUCACACAGAAGAUUUAAUUUUCACUUCAACAGUUAUUAUUAUUGAGAUAAGUAUUUAAACAGUAUUACCAGCUGUAAAUAUAUUU